CAUUGUCUCUCAAUCUCUCACCUUCCCUUUGGUACUGCCUGCCUCACCAUCUCUUAAAACUACCUACCUUCGAUUUCUCUCCUUGAAGCUCAUCCACUUCUAAGCAUGUUUCAUCCCCAUCCAUAGCUGUCGUCAUUCUCAAUCUCUGCCUCUUCUCAACACAUCUCUUCACUGUGGCCUUUGAUCUACUCAUCGAACCUUCGUCGCCACUAAUCUGCUCUUCAACAUCCUUCGUUGCUUAAGAUCUUUUAGUCUCCUGCCCAUGUUUUGAUGCUUUGUGCAUCUACUAGAUUAUUAUGUGAAAUUAUAGAUUUCUGAUUUUUUUGUUGUGAUAUUCUACCGUCUGUGCUUUUUAAUUUUAUUGUUGUAAAAAUACUUAGUGUUGAUUUCAUUUUUGAAAUCAUUAUCUGUGUCUUUUUUUUUGGUUGAUCUAAUGUGGCUUUCUUCCCUCUUUUGAUUCUGAUUGGAUUUUGGUUUGUCUAACUUAAUUCGUUGAUUGUUAUUUGUUUUUGUUCUUUCCUUUUACUUUCCCCCUCCUUUUAAUUGGUUCAUGGUUAUCUCUUGAAAAUAGUUGACGUAGGUUUUUACUUACUUUUUUUUUUUUUUAAUUUCUGGAUUUGUUUUGUUUCUGGCAAUCUCUUUAACUCUAUUUCCUUUUUUUUUUUUCCUGUGAAGCUAUUUAUAUGAUUGCCAAGGGGAAGGCAGGAAUACAGUAUCACCUGAUGCACUUUACAAUAUACGAAGAUUUGUGGAUUCAUUGACCUAACUUAACUCCUUGGGCAAGGGAGGAAUACAAUAUCACCUGAUGCACUUUACAAUAUAAGAAGAUUUGUGGAUUUGUUCUAGCGAACUUCAUCAAAUUCAGGUUUCUCCACAUUGACUCAAUCGGUCCUACCUCCUUCACUGUGAAGCAUUUGGGCUCGUCUUUUUCACCAUCUUCUCUACCAGGAUGAGCUGAAGCCACCAUGAGAUAUUUGCCUUUGUUUGCUUCAUUUUCCUGUUCAGUUUCAACUUGAUUUCCAUUUUCAAUUUGGAGUUGAUUUUGAUGUGCUGUGGGUUGAUUCUGCACAAGGAGGGAUCAGAACACAAAAAAUUGAAGGAGACUGAAUGAAUCCUUGAUUUGCUUCCCUGUAAAUUACAUGUCAUUCUUGGGGCUUCAAGGAGAUCUAUAAAACAGAAGGAAGAGAUUGAUCUGAGAAGGGAAGGUUACCUCGUUAAUAAGUUGAGCCACUGUCCUCAAAGUUGAUUGCUUCAAUUCAAAAUAUUUGUGUGAGGUGUGCACUUUGGAGAAAGAGAUCAAAUAGUCUAAAUGGAAGAUGGUGUCAGCGAUAACCAGACAAGAAGAGUUGUUUUUGUAACUGUGGGGACAACUUCAUUUGAUGCUCUUGUGAAAGCAGUGGAUUCUCCGACAGUCAAGCAAGUGCUAUUUACAAAAGGCUAUACCCACCUUCUCAUUCAAAUGGGUCGUGGAUCUUAUGUUCCCACAAAGUCUGAAGGAGAUGGUUCGUUGGCUGUAGACUACUUCAAAUUUUCCUCAAGCAUUGCCGACCAUCUCAAUGCAGCAUCUCUUGUCAUUAGUCACGCAGGAUCAGGUAGCAUAUUUGAGACAUUACGGUUGGGGAAGCCUUUAAUUGUGGUUGUGAAUGAAGAUUUGAUGGACAAUCAUCAAAGUGAACUUGCAGAAGAACUAGCAGAUCAAAAACAUUUGUAUUGUGCACGUCCUCAAACUCUCCAUCAAACUGUAGCAGAUAUGGAAUUAAGUCAUCUCGUUCCUUACUCUCCAGGCGAUGCCACACCGGUCGCAAAGCUCAUAAAUAGAUUCCUCGGUUUUCCUGAUGAUUGAAGAGCCAUGAUAUGAUUUAUAUAAGAAGUUUAAUUAGGGAAUAUCCGGAAUUAGUAGCGAUGAAGAGGCGAAACCUGAAGGGAGGGACAUUGAUAUAGAGGUGAAGGACGCAAAACGGUGUUAUAAUGGAUUGGUGGGUGAAGCAUGUGGUACGUGAUUGGUAUGACACAUAAGAGAUCUGAACAGAAAGCGAAGGUUGAACGUGAAUACUUACAUUGCAUGAUGGGUUUGGUGGUUGUGGUCCUGCUCCAUCUUAAAUGCCACUUGUACUCCAUACCAGCUUUGUGAUGGGGCACAUGAUCUGUGUGACUUUGUCCUUUGCUAUUUUCAUGCCCUUUCGUUUCGUUUCUUUUCUCUUCUCUUCUUUUUUGAUACAAAUUUUCACACCCUUUAUCAUGAGUUAGGAAUCAGGCAUAAUAAACUACUAUUGUUGGUUCCAAAUGUAGGAUAUUUUGUAGUUUUGAUAAAUAUUUUUCUAUUUUACCCUUGUGUUGUUGGCUUUGUUAACAAUACCUGUUCAGCUCAUGAAUACUGCAGGUUAAAUUAAAUACCCUUGAUUCUUUA